AUGAUGAACGGUGUACCAAAGAAACGCACCAACUUGCGCAUCAAAGCUUUCCCGAUGUCAAUGGAUGAUAAAUUAAUUGAUAAUAUUUGGGUGUUAUUGAAAAAUGCUAUUCAAGAAAUUCAAAAGAAAAACAAUUCUGGUCUAAGUUUUGAAGAACUGUACCGAAAUGCCUAUACCAUGGUAUUGCUGAAACAUGGUGAGAAAUUGUAUACUGGCAUGAAGGAAGCUGUAAUAAACCAUUUAGAAAAUAAGGUCAGAGAAGAUGUUCUUAAGGCAUUAAAUAACAAUUUUUUACAAGUUUUAAAUGUUGCUUGGAAUGACCAUCAAACUUCUAUGGUGAUGAUACGUGACAUAUUGAUGUACAUGGACCGAGUUUAUGUUAAACAUAAUGAAGUUGACAAUGUUUAUAAUUUGGGUCUCGUUUUGUUUCGUGAUCUAAUUGUUCGCUAUGGGUAUAUUCGUGAUCAUCUUCGGAUGACUCUGUUGAAUUUGAUAAAACUUGAAAGAAAAGGUGAAGUAGUUGAUCGAAUAGCCAUUAAAAAUGCAUGUCAAAUGUUAAUGAUUCUUGGAAUUACUGGGCGCAUUGUUUAUGAAGAAGAUUUUGAAAAACCGUUUUUGGAACAAUCUGCUGAAUUUUAUAAAAUGGAAAGUCAAAAGUUUUUAGAUGAAAACAGUGCAUGUAUUUAUAUUAGAAAAGUUGAAUCUAGAAUUAUAGAAGAAUCAGAUCGAGCAAAACAUUACCUAGAUGAUUCAACUGAAAGUCGAAUUGUUGAGGUUAUUGAAGUAGAACUAAUCAAAAGAAACAUGAAAAUAAUUGUUGAGAUGGAAAAUUCUGGUGUUGUAUACAUGUUGAAGAACAACAAAAUUGACGAUUUAGCAUGCAUGUACAAGUUAUUAUCUCGCGUUCCUGAAGGUUUAAAAACCAUGUCUGAUAGUGUUAGUUUGUAUUUACGGGAAUUAGGAAAAUCACUUGUUCAAGGAGAAGAUAUUAAUACUAACGCAGUCAACUAUAUUCAGAGUUUGUUGGAUCUCAAAGAUAGAUUUGAUUUUUUUUUGGUUCAUUCGUUUAACAAUGAUAAGAUGUUUAAACAAAUGAUUGCUGCUGAUUUUGAAUAUUUUUUCAACAUCAAUUCUAAGUCACCAGAAUAUCUAUCUUUAUUUGUUGAUGAGAAAUUGAAAAAGGGAGUGCGUGGGUUAACUGAAAAUGACGUAGAGGUAGUCUUGGACAAAGCCAUGGUUAUUUUCCGCUUUCUUCAAGAAAAAGAUGUAUUUGAAAGGUAUUAUAAACAGCAUUUAGCCAAGAGAUUACUUUUAAAUAAAUCUGUCAGCAAUGACAAUGAAAAAAAUAUGAUCUCUAAACUCAAGACUGAGUGUGGCUGUCAAUUCACUUCAAAACUGGAAGGUAUGUUUAAAGAUAUGUCCGUAUCUAACACUAUCAUGGAAGAAUUUAAGGAAUACGCUGCGAAGUCUAAUAAUCCGUUUUUACAUGCCGUGGAUCUUACUGUGAGAGUAUUAACCACGGGGUUUUGGCCUACCCAUGCAUUAUCAAAAUGCAAUGUGCCGUUGGUUCCUAGGAGUGCUUUUGCAGAAUAUCGAAAUUUUUAUCUGGGGAAACAUAACGGUCGACAACUAACAUUGCAACCACAACUUGGGUCAGCUGAUUUGAAUGCUGUAUUCUACGGUUCAAGACGACCAGACAAUGAAUUAUUGACAACUGUAUCUAUUUCAGCUAAUUCUCUCAGCUCAUCUAGCGUGCGAAGACACAUAAUUCAAGUGUCGACUUAUCAGAUGUGUAUUCUUUUAAUGUUCAAUACUCAUGAAAAAUUAACUUUUGAAGACAUACGAAGUGAAACUGAUAUUCCUGACAAAGAUUUGAUUAGAGCAUUACAAUCUUUAGCAUUAGGAAAACCCUCACAGCGUAUACUUUUGAAGACUCCUAAAUGUAAAGAAAUAGAAUUAACUCAUGAAUUCUGUGUUAAUGAGUUAUUUACAUCGAAAUUGCAUAGAGUGAAAAUCCAAACAGUCGCAGCUAAAGGGGAAACUGAACCAGAAAGAAAAGAAACUAGAAGCAAGGUAGAUGAGGACCGUAAGCAUGAAAUUGAAGCUGCAAUUGUACGCGUUAUGAAAUCACGGAAAAAAUUGAUUCAUAAUACUCUAGUGUUGGAAGUCGUAGAACAACUCAAAGUCAGAUUCUUACCUUCUCCGGUUAUUAUCAAAAAAAGAAUUGAAGGACUAAUUGAAAGAGAAUACCUUGCAAGAUCAACAGAAGAUAGGAAAACUUAUCUUUAUGUUGCAUAAAAUGUGUAUUUAAAAUUGUAUAUUGAGUCUUCCUAUGUAAAAAUUGACAACUGAAUAUUAUACAGGUGUUCACGUUAAGAUAUACCACUUAUUAUUUCAGCAGGAUGACCUUUAAUUGAAAUGUGAUUUAAGUAGGUGAAAUGGUGUACUUGAAAUGAACAUUGUGAGACAAUUUCAAAUGUUUCUUACAGACUUGGAUAAAAAAAUUUUGUAUUUUGUUUUUUUUAUAUUACAAAGGUAACUAAUUUAAAGUAAAUUGAAUAAUGUUGGUAACACAUCUUUGUUUUACUCAAAUUUUAUUUUACUCGUUCAUACAACAAUAUAAAGAAUAAUUUAUGGUAACACAAUUUAACUACAAAUUUUUAAUUUAAGAUUUGGUUAUAUGGACAAUAGUAAUUAAUUUACAAAUUUGUGUACAAAUAUUAAUAUUUAACACCAUCGUUUUGUAAAAAAAAAACUGGAAUUAUUCAUAAAGUUCAACUCUAAUAUUGUCAAUUUAGUAAUAUACACAUUUUGUGUGUAAAAAUUAGUCUGUCCGAAACUUAUUUAGAAAUAAAUUGGUGUUACUAACGAAAAUGGUCAGAUUAGUAGGAAUGUAAAUUUAAUGCUCCCGAAAUCACUGUUUCAAUCUAAUAUUAUCCAGCUGAAAUAGUAGUACCUCUUAGCAUGAGAACACAUGCACAUAUUAAAUUAGGGACCCAUUGUUCCUAUUAAAAAAAAAAAAAAACCAGGAUUAAAUGAACAAAUACUUAAUAGAUUCCUUAAUGUUUUUCAUAGAAAUGGAAUGUAUAUCGAGCAAUGUUAUAAAUGUGUGACAAAUUUUCAGGUGCUACACGGUAUCUUAACUUGAUCCAGUAAUAAUUUCCAGUCACUAUUUACAAAAACCAAAAAAAAUAUUAAUCAUAAGUUUAAUGUGAUAAUGAUCGUUUUCAUCUAUGGUCUUCUUGUAUUGUAAGCAUAAAAUGUGUUUAUUCCAUUUUAAAUAUAUGUAUUAUCAAAUGAA